AUGCUGUCUUACUUCCUCAAGUGGGCAAUCAUGGCCGUUGCCGUGAGCGCUGCCGUCCCUUCUCUCGACGUCCCCGCCUGUCCGUUCAAAAGCAUGAUCAACUAUGAUAAAUCCGUUCCCGACCUCGAAGACUUCCCGCUCACCCAGGUCGAGCUGUGCUACAGUGCCCAGUACAUUCAUAUUAAUUUCACAGCUUACAACGAGACCAGCUUCUUCUACAACUCGUCCUACGGAACAAAUGACCCUAUCUACAAUUAUGAGGUUAUGGAAGUCUUUGUUUACCAUGGCAAAAACGACCCACAGACGUAUUUGGAGUUUGAAGUAGCGCCCAAUAAUGUCACAUUCAAUUCUUUCAUUUAUAACCCUUCGAAGAUCCGAGCCGCAGGUGCGCCUUUUGACCGCUUUUACAUCUCGGAACCCGUGGUUGAUGGCCUCACUGCAUCUACGAUGCUGGAUAAGCUGGGACAGACGUGGAAGUCCUCCGUCAGGAUUCCCCUGGCUCUCUUUAAUGUGGAUAGCGGUCAGGCGAAGGGCACACUGUGGCGAAUGAACUUCUUCAGGACGGUGGUUAGCCCAAAGACUUUCCCAAAUCAGUUGCUCGGCGCUUGGAGCGUACCCAACGCAGCCAACUUUCACAUGACACCUUUCUUUGGCUACGUAAAGUUUGUUUAA